ACCCAUUCAGCAGACCAUUCCCUUCGAGAGUCUCCCUGGGCAGACACCAUGGGCUCAGUCCCCAGCCCCCAGCGGAACCUCUGCGACUCCCGUCUAUCCUUCCUUUGAUGCCCUUUCCUCUCCUCCCACUGGCAUUGCUGCCUCCUUCGACAUGACUUCUGGUCUCACGCCAAUGUUUGGCGCAUUCAGCACCAUCACACCUACCAACGAGCCCUUCAGCCCCACGUCUCUUCCCACCACCUCUCGCCCAAGACCAGUGAGAGGCUACUCGGCUGGCUCUCUACCGACAUUGGGCAACCGACGGCGCGCCUCCACAAUCAUGUCCCUAUCGUCCGCCUCGCCCGUCACUCCAGCCCACUCAUACUACCCCUACCCUUCCCCACACAUCUUUACCCAACCUUCGCCGCAUCAGCAUCUUGCGCAGGUCCAGAUUCAAGGGCAGCCGGAGAACCCACGAAUUGGCCGUCUGUUCCGCCAACCGUCUGCUCCGGCAUUUGGCGGCGAGACAAAGCGGAUCUUUCAUCCUUCCCCUGGUCCAGCGCAAGGAGGAGACGGGCUUCACUAUUACUCUGGCACAAGCUCUGGCGCGAGCAGUAUCAGCAUGGGGAUGGGAAUGGGAUUCGGUAUCGGCGGGGCGAUGGGCAUCGGAAUGGAGCCGAAGCCGCCUAGGUUCAGGCCUACCAAAGAGCAGCUCGAUAUCCUGAUCAAGUCUUACGAGGAGAACAAGAACCCCGAUGGACCGACGAGAGAAGCUUUGGCAAGGCAGCUGGGACCUGAAGUACGGCCAAAGACGUUGCAGAUAUGGUUUCAGAACAGACGGUCAAAGUCUCGAGCAAAAGAGCGAAAUGCUGCUAACGGCGCUCCUACAAAGCUAUCUACCACCUGCCCGAAUCCCCGGCAACUAUCAGCUGAUGAGCGGAUCGGUCUAUCCCUCGCGUCUCCUGCAUCUGCGGGUACAGAAGGAGGGGCGGGGUCGAUGCAGACCCGGGCGGAGAGAGACGCGCUGAGGAGGCUCACGCGAGACAACUCUACAAACCUGACGAUACUGCCCAUUACUGUACUCUCCAUCUCCAAAUGGACCCGCUUCCUCACCCCGGGUACCGGUCACACCCACCCCGACCUCGGCGCAGCAGUAUCAUUCUCCCCCACAACCCCAACACUGCACCUGUACAUCCUCCACCGCACCCUCUUCCGCCUCGACAUCCCCCUCUCACCAUCUACCGUCCAAGGCCUACAGGCGACGUCGAACCCGGGAGUGAGCUUGGAGAGUGUUGCUGUCGGAUUUCAGGUGGUCGAAGGCGGGGUAGAGUUUUGGGGAUGGCAAGAUGGGAUGGGGUGGGGGAGGGAGGGCGACUUUACGGGCGGCCAGGCGGGGAAUGGUGGAAAGGUCGAACUGACAGGUUCGAAGGAGGUGCUAUUGCCAGCAUUCUCUCGAGUCCAGCAGAUCAUCACUCCCACUGCUUACCCCACACCCAUCUCCAGCACCGACCUUCUCUCCCGCCACCACACCCACUCCCAGACCGACCCCUCUCCAUCCACAUGGCGUUUCCCAAGCUCGGCCUCCCCCUCCACCACCCCUACUCCGGAGCUUGCUGGCCCGCCCAGCGCCGAGCUGCAGCCUCGCCCGAGUCGUGGUACCUUGACUGGCAUGUCGCACCAGCGCCAGAGGAGUUUCUCUCAGCCUCAAUUCCCUACCACCUCAUUCCUCGCCGAGCUUGCGGCCCCUCCCCUCCCACUUCCACAAGAUAUCGUCAGUGCAAGCGGCCUGCAGACGGUGUUGGGGACGCAGCAUCAGGGUAUGGAAAGUAUUUCGUCUGUCGAAAGCGGCGACGCCCCAGAGACGGAUGUGUCCGGGCUAGAGUGGCUAUCGACAGGCGGGGAGACUUCCAGAAGUAGCUAUGAAGCAGAAGACGUGGAGGGGGCGGCUUUUGUCAAGCCAGAGAGGCUAGAGGGACGCAGCCCAUAG